AUGACCGCCCAACUUGCUUCUGCUAUAUCUGCUCCUGAUUACUACAACUGUCAAAUGCAGCCAGGUCUUGUCAAACGUCAACGUGAAAUUUGUAGGCAACAUCCUUCUGCUAUGCGUGCAAUUAGUGAAGGCUUAAGAAAUGCUAUUGAUGAGUGUCAUGUUCAAUUCCAGAGGGAACGAUGGAACUGUUCGGCAAGUUUUGGAGUUGUUGGUCCUGUGAAGGGGGCAGCAACCGCAGAAACCGCCUAUAUUUAUGCAAUAUCAUCAGCUGGCGCUUCCCAUUCUUUGGCACGUGCGUGUGCUAGAGGAUUAAUACCUGAAUGCGGUUGUGGGGGAGGAGAACAGACUUAUGUAACAAGUGCAGCACCUGAAGGGUUUAGUGGGAGGCCUGAACAAUUUAUUUGGGCUGGUUGUUCGGAUAAUGUUAAAUUUGGAAAUCAAGUAAUUAAAAAAAUUUUUUUGGAAAUUUUUUUUCUAGUUUACAAGAAAAUUUAUUGA